AUGGACGAGAAGCCUCAAGACCAGACGGCCGCCGACUCGGAGAGGACAGAGGUUGAAGGCACUGCCACUGUUGCGGACGAGGAGCCAGCAAAGACAUCUCUCUCCAAGAAGAAGAGCAAGUGCUACAAACCCAAGCACAAGAAGAAGUCCAAGGCUGUGAAGAAGUCGCACAAUCGAAAGUCUGCACGUGAUUCAGACUCGGACUCGAGCGAUCAUGAUGAGUCUGAAUCAGAAGAGGUGGACUCCGAUGACAGUUCGUCGGAUGAGGAAGUGAAGAAGAAGAAGUCCAAGGCAAAGCAGUCCAGGAAGGCAAAGGAUAAGAAGCGGAGAAAGAGCAAGAAGUACGAGUCAGACAGCGAGAGCGAGGAAUCGGACAGUGACGACAGCGAAAGCUCGUCAGAAGAGGAGAUCAGCAAGAAGAAGAAGAGAAGUGCGAAGAAGUCGAAGCGGGUCGAGACAGAGUCUGAAGAUGCUGCGUCGGAUGACGAAGAUGAGAAGGAUGUUUCAGCCCUUGAGGUCCAGGUCAGGGAUCUCAUGGCUAAGAUUACCGAGAUGAAGACCAGCCCCAAAUCGACCAAAUCGAAGCGGCGACGAUCAAGUACAAAGUCCUCAAAGAGCGUCAAGCAGAAAUCGAAGAAGGGCGAUGCACACCAGUACAAGCGAGUGGAUCAGCUGUGGGAUUCGACCAUCCACAAUUACAAGCUUAAGGAGAGUGCUGAAGAUGACGAAGGCGAGUUCGCAGAGUUCGCCUUCCUUGUGCGGCGACGUUUCGAUUGGGAGAACAAGUAUCAGAAUACUGUCAUUGACAUCAAGUCGAAGCAGCUCCGUGCCGUCCUUGCGGAUGUCAUGAAAGACUGCAAGAGCGUGAGUUUGGAGGCUGAAGAGCCAACUAUCGACCCCAACCUUCUGUUCCUGUACCUGGAGGAUCUGCGAACCUACUACAAGAAGACGGUAAAAGCAAAGGUCAAGGCAGAGAAGAAGAAGAAGCUCAUCAAGAAGUUGGAGCAACAGAGGGCUCUUUGCAAGACGUUGGUCAGCUACAUCGACGACGACUACGCUGAAACUAAGAAGACACUUUACCCACUUCUUGAAGCUGGCAACAUCACCUUCGACCUGCUUUGGGCGCUCUUCACUCCCAACGACAUCGCCAUCACAUCCUGCUAUGGGGCUUGGGACGAACCUCGCUGCUUCAAGGUCGACUACGCCAUGAAGUACCAGACGAUGACUCGAGGUGAAUGGUACUGCAUAGAAGGCAAGUACUUGGAAUACGACGGCAAGGGCUUCGGACUGGGCGACUUCGAAGUGGACAUUGAAUCAUUCAAGGGUCCACGCAAGAUCACCAGUCUUUCUGCUUACCCUUUGAAAUAUCACAAGAAUCCUGAAGGCAUCAAGAAGCAGAUCAUCCAGCGAGGACAGCAGUUCGUCGAAAUGGAAGGCAUGGAGUACAAGUUCCACAAGGGCUUGGCUUUCAUGAAGAAGAAGAAGCAGGUUCUCAAGAUCAACAUCAACGGUCGUGUGAUGAUUGAUCCAGCUACCUUCAGGAGAGUCAACCCCAACUACCCGAUCUCAGUCAUCAAGCCAAAGGAUGCCGACGAUCUGUUCAGUGACAGCGAAGAAGACGACGACUGCUCUUGCUGUCAGCCGGACUCUGACAGCGAAGAAGCAUUGGGCGGCAAUGAAGAGCUUCAGAACGAUGGCAGUGGAGACAGCAAGGGACCAAAGUACAAGUACAAGUGGCUUGAGGAUGGCUCUGGCGGUUCACACUUCGUUGCUGUGGAGGUUGAUGAGAAUGGCGAGCCUCUACGACCGGAACAGCUUGACAAGUUCGAGAAUCCAGAGACCAAGAAGCGAACCUACACCGAGGAACAGCUUUUGCUCACUUCGCCGGUGGUACUUGGAUUUGCAUUCUCCGAGAAGCUCUGGCUGGAGUUCUCGCUCUCAGGUGUUCAUGAUAUUGUUUGGAACGACGAAGCUUUCAGCUCUCUUGUGCUUGAGGGUGACAAGAAGAGUACCGUCCGCGCCUUGGUCGAGAGUCACAAGUUCCACGCUGUUCAAGCAAUUGACGACGUCGUCCAAGGAAAGGGCAAGGGUCUUGUCUUCGUUCUUCAUGGGCCUCCAGGAACAGGCAAGACUCUUACCGCAGAGGGUAUCUCCGAACUGCUUCGAUGUCCUCUGUACAUCGUUUCGGCCGGUGAGCUUGGCACAGAUCCUGCUCGCCUUGAGCAAGAGCUGCAGAAGAUUCUUGACAUCGCUCAUUCUUGGGGUGCGCUGCUGUUGCUCGAUGAGGCCGACGUUUUCUUGGAGAGACGUGAAGCUCACGACAUUCACCGCAACGCCCUCGUCUCCAUCUUCUUGCGUCUGCUGGAGUACUUCCAAGGCAUCCUCUUCCUGACGACCAACAGAGUCGAAACCUUCGAUGACGCGUUCUCAUCCAGAAUCCACGUGGCUCUCCGCUACGAGGAGCUUAGCCCCAAGGCCAAGAAGGAAGUCUGGAAGAACUUCAUCAAGAGAGUUGCGCUGCAAGAAGGUGCCAAGGUCGCCAACUUCAGCGAAGAAGACUUCACCGUGCUGUCCCGACACCGCAUCAACGGUCGCCAGAUCAAGAACAUGGUGCGCACUGCUCAAGCUUUGGCACUGAAUGAAGGCUCAGAGCUCACCAUGACUCACAUUCGUCGUGUCUUGGACGUGGCGGAGUCCUUCGAUCGCGAUCUGAAGGGUGGUACUGGAUACCUCGAUGCCAUGAGGAGCUACACGUGA